AUGCGGUGGUCUACCCUCAUCACCUUGAUCAUCUCAUGUCUGCUACUAGGGACACUGGCAGCACCCGUCUCGGGCCCGGUCCGGCGGGAUGAGAUCGCCAAUGGAGAUGGAGAGCAGGAUGCUGGUCCGACAACCGCAGAGAGCAGUGGCAGCGAGACUUCGGUGACGGCAACACAGACAGAUGUAUCAGUCACAGCCACGGACGCUUCGACAACGGCACAGCCCACGGCUACGGGUACGCAUGCCCUAACGACUGGCUCAUUGAAUGCUACGGCAACGACAUCGACACCUUCCGCCACUUCCACUGUACCUUCACUCGAUGGAACAACGAGUUCAUCUGAGUCAGAUGGGUCAGAUUCGUCAAGGCCAACCUACACCAGUGGUCUCCCUAUCACACCCAAGAUCACGCCGGCGUUUGGAGUAGGGGGAUUCAUACUGAUGGCACUUGGAGCCGUCUUGGCCUUCAUUGGUGUUCGCAAACAAUGGUAUGCAGCAUGGUCUGAGCGGCUUAUUGCAUUUGCUGACAUCUGGAUGCUCAAUAGGGUUCAAAUUUUCCUCUCCACUGGGUUCUGCACUGCAUUGGGAGUCACUGUCCUGAUUAUUUAUGUGAUGAGCCCACCGGUCAGCAAUGCCGUGCAGGGUGGCUAUUUGGUCGCCAUUUUCUUCACCGGAGCUGUCUUCGGUGGCCUCUCCCUCGUUUUCAGAGAAAUAUGUGAAGGUCUCGGAUGCCUUUUGGGUGGCUUCUGUCUGAGCAUGUGGUUUUUGACCCUCAGACCCGGUGGUCUGCUUACUGAAAGCGGUCCUAAGGCUGGAAUGAUCAUCGCAUUCGCAGUUGGAUUCUAUUCCUUAUGCUUCAGUCAUUACACCCGGCCUUAUGGGUUGAUUGGAUGCACUUCAUUCUCAGGUGCAACGGCAUUAGUCCUCGGAAUCGACUGCUACAGCAGAGCUGGCUUGAAAGAAUUCUGGCUUUAUAUCUGGGGCUUGAACAACAAUGUAUUCCCUCUCAGGACGGAUACCUAUCCUGUGACGCGUGGUAUUCGCGUUGAGCUUGCGGCAACUAUCAUCGUCGGUAUUCUAGGCGUGAUCUCUCAGGUCAGAUUGUGGAACGUGAUCAAGGAACGCAGAGCCAAGGAGGAGGAUAUCCGCAAAGAGCACAACAGGAAGAUCGAAGAGGAGGAUGCUGAAGCUGGUCGACGUCUGGAGGAAAAGAACAUCCAAGAGCGCGCUGAAUGGGAGCUUAUCUAUGGCAACGGCAAAGGAGCCGAUGUGAAAACAGCUUCCAUUUCCGAGACCGCAGUCGGCGAUUCACGCCGGGGCUCCGAUGGAUAUACUUCUUCUGAUAAUGAAAAGGGCGCCGAUAUUGAACUUAAGGAAGUGCAUAGUCCGGACUCAUCUGGCAGUGCUUCGGGCAGUGAGAAGAACAGCACUGGUGAAAAUGGGACCCGGGAAUUGGAGGCUGUGCCGGAAGAGUCAUCUCAGGAUCAAGAGCAUGGCCCAGAACAUGGGCCAGAGAACGAGCCAAAGGGCCACCGACCUACAACUCCUGUGACCCAUGCCCUCGGCGUGGCUCGCGACGAUGCUUCCGAGAAUGGUGCAAUCGUUGGUUCGGAGGUUGGCACACCACGCUCAAAGCGUUUCUCGGGCAGAGACAUGGCCAACCGAGCAUCGAUGCUUUCCCAGGAGGCCAUGGUUAUCCACGAUGAUGCCAAUUCAUCAGUCCAGGGCGUCGCAGACGACCUCCACGGAUCAAGUGUGGGCUGCCCGAGUGUCGCAUCCGACGUUCAAGAUCCUGUCCAGGUGACUGAGCGCGAGAUCAAUGCUUCGGAGACAUCCGAGAAGGAUAUCCCUGCUGCUAACGUCGAUGCCAAGUCCAAUGUUGGCUCACAAGCUGCUCGGGAUGACACAGAAGCCAUAGAAGGAAAGGCUGUCGAUGGGAACGCUGCCAAAGAGGUUGUUUCUGAAGAAGCAAGCGCCAACAAAAAUGUUGCGGAGCAGGAGCCUGUCAAGUCCACUGUUGCUACCGAAGGCUCUGGUGAAGAUCCGAGCAAAACCAAAGCAACUGAGCAGCCUAUCUCGACCGCUGCGCCCGAACAGACUUCACAGCCUACGGAUGCCCAACCCGAGGCUGUAGCUGCAGCUAUUAAGACCCAAGAAGUCAAAGCUGAGCGCGCGUUGCAAUCUUCUCCUCCGGGCGACGGAAAUGUUGAAACCGCGAAGGACGUGAGCGAAAGUCAACCUCGGACUGCUGCUACAACCAAGCCGGAGCCUACACCGGAGCCUGUCCAGGAACCAGUUCCUGAACCCAUUCCCGAGCCAGUUCCUGAGCCAAAGAUCGAGCCACCAAAGGUCGAGCCAAAGGUCGAAGUGAUCAAACGACUAGAUGCGAACACAAUUAAGGCACUUCCCCAACAAACAUCGCGAGUCAUUCAUUCCUACCGCACCAACGAGUGGGCCAAGCAUCUUGCAGAUGCUGAUAUCCCCGAAUGGGAGCCUAUUGAGUUCGACCCCGAUCCAGAGACACAAGAAUCCGACGAAGCCCAUGAGGCUCCAGCCGUCGUUGAUGUCGACGGCCUUCUCCAAACACCGCUCACAGCCCAGCCAGCCCCCAUAGUGAACAGGCCCGAACCCCCAGAGCUGGAACAACAACCGUAUGAAUAUGUCUCGUCGACACCGGGUCCAGAGAUUCCUCGGUCAAAGACCCGCACCGGUGCUCACGGUCUUACCACCAAAGCAAUGCCACCUCUUGUCACUCGCAACGAACCUGCAGCUGCAGUGCCGAUGAUGCGAUCGUCCUCCGGUCCAACCUCGCCAGUACAAGAGCAAGGAUUAAAAGCCAUGCGUAAUGCAUCCACUCCAUUGCUGACAAUCACCACGCCCAACGAGCCCAAAGAAACGGAACCAUCGCCCCGUUGGAGUGGUCCACCUCCCCUCCUCGCUGUGCGCGAGGACAUGGUGCGAAACCGCAUGUCCUCGACAUCCAACCGCUUCGAUCCCUGGUCCUCUCGCAACCAAUCUCGCCAAUCUUUACAUGAAAUCCCUAAUGUUGCGUCCCCCAUCUCUCCCAUCUCCCCCAUUUCUCCAAUUUCUCCACUCUCCGCCCCACAAGAAAGAGACGAAGACUAUACGCCUCAUGACGAAGACAACAUCCCUCUCUCCAAGCGCCGUGCCCUACUCCAACGGCAACCCAUGCGGUCUUCCUCAGCAAGCCUUCACAGCCUGGAAGCCGCAUCCCCGAUCCAGUCCCCGCCUUCGCCCUCCGGCGACCUAAACAGGUCUGCUUCGAGGAUGGCAGCGUGGCGACAGUCCGUUCGUGAGGAAAUCACCCACAAGCGCGACAUCCUGCAAUCGCCACCCAUCAGCCCCGUUAGUCCCGUCGAUAAACGCAAUACGUGGGGCUCUGUGCAACAGAUGCGGGAGGCUUCUUCUACCCAGCUUGGAAAUGCAAUUGCCGAAGGCAUGCAGCGUGGCAGUAUGACUGACCUUCAUCGCCAGGCGAUGCGACGCAUGCAAGCUUCGGCGAAUCGCAAGCUGUGA